AAUACAGAAAAAAAGAAAGAAGAGAAAGAAAAACAAAAAAGAAAAAGUGAGAAAGAUGCUGACAAAAGAAGGCAGCAAUUGUUAGAAGAAGCAAAAAUUAAGCAUCGUGCAGAAAUGAAAAAGAAGCAUAAUGAAGAAAUGAAGAUUGAGAACAAUAAACAAAAGCAGAAAAAGGAAAAUGAGAAAGCUGUUGAAAAAUGGAUGGACCGAAGAAGUCAAAAAUGGGUGGAAGAUCGAAAGAAAGAACAAAAAGAAAAAAGUAAAUUGCAGAAAAAAGAUGAGAAGGAUAAAAAGGAAGCUGCUGAAGAAGCUGAGGAACGAUAUAAAACAUGGAGGGAACGUAAGGAUAAUCAACUGAAAGCCUCAAUGAGAGAAAGUAAAAUGAAAGAAAGAAGGGAAAGAUAUCACAUAGAAGAAGAUGAAGAAAAUUUGCAACCACCGUGGAGUCCACCGAACAAAGUUAUACCAAGGAGACGAUGAUGAAAUGUGAAUGAUCGUGCAGCACAUUACGCAGAUUUAUGAUGGGGAUAUAAUUUAUGUUUUACCCACUGUGAGCCAUCAAAGCAUUCCAAAACAGAAUUUUAAGAGACAAAAAUAUGGCUUUUUUAAAUUCAAAGCAUGAGGAACGAUUUUCAUAUUUUCACACAUCGUUGUGAAUCAAUUAUUAUUUUUAUUUUUACAACAGUUUUAAAUGUUUUUACCUGUAUUAUGAAUUUACAAAUGAAUAAUGGUGCAUUCGCUGGUAUUUGAUCUGUUCUAGGGUACAUUAUCUACUAUUCAUUUUUUCUCAAUAUAACUAAUUAUUGCAUCAAUCAAAAUCAUUCAAAAAGUUCACACAUUUGUCAGCAUUGGUUGUGAAAGUUUGCUUGGUAAUGCUGAGAGAGGGAGAGAAAUGUCACAUUCAUUGUUAAUUUCCCAAAGGCUGAUAGAUUUCUCUGAUAUAGAAUGAAAAAGUUAUUCUAAUUGGGAUUGAGAUUUACCAAAAUUCCAAAGAAAAUGUUUGCUGCUAACCCUAUUUUCGAUAUUUUGCUGGAAUCCUAAAAUUCUUCACAAAUGUAGGUAUUUUAGCAGAAAAUUCACAUAUUCAUAUCUACUCUAUACUCGUUAAAACUUUGAAUUUUUAUCACGAGAUUUCAUAUGAAACUUUAGUACUACUGUACUUUAUAAUAUACAAUUUCCUAUAUUGUGUGGUGGGUGAUUCAUUCUUCAUCAAACGGUUUGUGGGAUUUUCCAGAUAACAAAUUAAUAUCAGAUGUAUUGUUUCAGGUUGGUUUUGGGCUCAGCACAAUACAAAUAAACCUUCAUUUCCUGCCUGGGGAUAGAAAAAUGUCACUUUCGAGUCUUGAAACGAUGUUGACUCAAAUGUCUGAGUGUCUAAACCUAGACUCUAGAGCAGGGUCGUCCAACCUUUUUGGCUGAAGGGCCACAUGAAAUUCACUAUUAAUUGCGCGGGCCACUUAACAUGGUAGUUAUAUGCUAAUUUUGCUACACUGACUACAGGUUAAUGAAAAAACAAACAAAACCGUCACACCGAACUUUCAUCACAACUAUAAGAACAAUAAAAAAAACGAUGAUACAGUAAAGUUAACAAGUUUUUUCUGCACUUAAUGAAGUUUGUCAAUAUUCGCUAACAAGUUUGUCAAUAUUCGGUGCGAUGGACGAUGUAGCAUGGCGAAGAGAAUUUUCCAUAUGACUGUCAGAAAUUAGUGAUCUCACGGGGGAUUUGACAUGGUUCAUCUGUGAAAAGCUUUGAGGUCAUGGAAACUGCCAUUCUGUGAAUCCCCUGAAUGUUUUCUUUAGAGACGUUUUUGAUUCAAAAUGGCACUCGUGGCUCGUUUGAAAGGGCUAUAGCCGAGCGCAUUUCAAGAAAAUGAACAAAUAGUUUGUGUCACAUCUUUGUAUACUACUUCACUCAAAAAAUAGAAGUUUUACUCAAUUUUUUUUAUUCAAUUUUGAAUAUACAGCGAGGGCCACUCGAAACUGCUCCGCGGGCCACGGGUUGGACGACCCUGCUCUAGAGCAACAUUUUA